AAUAAUGUAAACACCAUUGAAACACCGCGUGGAGCACGGCACACAUCAAUCUUCAAUCGGCUUUCGCUUGCCGCUUUUCCCUUCUUGAAUAACAACGGGCGUUCUCCAAAAUUUAAUGUGUCUUAUUCCGAAUUUUUCUUCUGUCAAUUCGAAAGACCAUGAUACGUUAAUACUGAAACAAUCUCAAGUUCUGGAAUCUACAUCAUCUCCAAGUCGGGACCAUCGGCCUCUGUGUUGUUAUUGUACUCUUUCACCCUCUCCUUGGUCGUUCUUCUUGCUCAAACAAUUAAAUCAUGCAUCAGGAAACAUCCAACAUCUCAUUGAUUGCAAUAAAAUUAGAAGAAUGGAACAGAAUUGAUAAUUUGGAGUCAUCAAUUGGUACAAUGACUGAAUUUUUUAAGGAACUACGCUCAAAGUGCACAGACCAAAAUUUUCGAGAAAAGAUUGCUGCUAAUCCUGCUAUAAUACGCCACUCUGUUGGGAUUAUCAGCAAAGUCGCCAAAAUCAAGCUGACUUCCUCUAACGAAGAUGAUUUUUCAAGUCAGCAAAUAGUGCCAGUCGUCCCCAAGGAGGCAGAAGGACACCAGUCUAGUCGCCCAAAAUGUUCCAAUACAUCCAUGAGUGAAAAAAAUGGAGAUAACACUAAAGAAAAUACUCUAAAUUUUGCGUUGAUGGAAGACAGAUUAGAAUCAUCACCAGAAUUAAAAGACGAAGUCAUUUCAUUCAUAGUCUUAGUAUUGCAAUUCUUAGCUAAUGCUAUUGUCCAAUCUCCUGAAUCUCAACUUAUUCUUUGGCAGCAAGCAGAAACUUUAUUCGAAAUUCUUUUGCCUCACCCGGAACGACGUCUUCAAGAAGUCAUUGGAGCAAUUACUUAUUACACUUUUAUUGGCUGUUCCUCUCUUCAAGAAAGAAUCCUGAGCAAUAUGCAAAUCAUAUCUGCAGGAAUUAAUACUUUGCGAACAGCUAACACAGAAUUUUGGUAUAUUUUCUUUGAACAUUUGGUAAAGAAUGGAAGUGAUUUUAAGGCUAUUUUUUCUAAUCUAUCGUCUGUGGAUAAAUGCACUCUGAUAGAAUUGAUAGCGCGUAUUCUUGACGAUGACUCAAGAGUGAGCGAUAAAAAACCAGAACAGGAAAAAGAUGUCAACGAUAUUUCUUUAUCAAAUGAUACCAUCAUCGCUCUCAUCGAAGAGUUCAAUAAAAACUCAGAUUUCAUCCUUGUCACCACCUCAAAGGGACGUAGAGAUGUUGAUCCUUUGGAAGUUGUGAAUUUGCUGAAAAUUCUUUGCAAAAUAUCUUCAGAUCCAAAUUCUAUGCAUCAAGCGCAGAGUAGUAAAUCACUUCUUAUCAAUAGCGUAUAUUUGCUGAGAGCUCUGCAUAGUGCAAGCUGUGAUCCCUCCUCCAAUGUCUCUGCUGUUAAGAAAGUUGAUGAUGUCAUUAGAGAAAGGCCUCAACUGGAGGCUAGUAUCACCUAUGGCCUAAAGGCUGACAUGAUCCGUUUAGUUGGUAAUCUUAUGUACAGAAACAAAGGAAAUCAAGAUUUUGUUCGGGAGAACAAAGGCAUAGAAAUCAUUUUGGAAAGCACCUGCUAUGAUGGUCGCAAUCCUUUUAUCAAGGAAUGGAGCAUUCUAGCCAUCAGAAAUUUUUGUGAUGAAAACGAAUCCAAUCAGAGGUACAUUGGAAACUUGAAGAAAAUGGCUCAGCUGUCAGAAAAUUUUGAAGAGUUGACUGGUAGCGCAGGAAAAGAUGAGUCCAACUUGCAAAAUGCCGUUGAAUAUUUCAGCCAUAUGGACUCAUGACAAAUAUUAAAGUUCUUCAUUGGACUGUAAGUAAAAGAAAUUAUGUGAUCUUUAAGGCAGUUGAGGACAAAAAUGUUAAAGGUUCUCUAUUAUAAGUUAUGAUUGUUCAGAGAAAAUGUGCUUCAUCUAGUCAUAUUUGGAGGGAUCCAAAUGAAUACAUCAUGAUUUACAGCCCUUUAAUUUUUUUGUAACUUUAGUAGAAAAAAAAUAUGGAUUUUAUCCUCUGAAAAGGUGGCCAAAAGGCCGUAGGAAAAGGGAGGAACAAAGAACCCGGCUGCUUGCUGUUCACUAUCCGAAUAUAUAUUACAUAACCACAAAGAUGCCCAUCAGGGCUUCACACCUGACAAGGGCUGGAGUUCCCUGCCUCUACUGUGCUGCCAAGUACCCUUCUCGAGGGUAGCUAACUCCUUCUCUAUCGAAAGAGCGAAAGGUGGAUCCCUGUGCUUUUGAAAUUUAGGUUUACCGCUUGGUUUUAGAGGGAGGUUACAUUUGACCCCGGGAAUUUUCCCCACUUUUUGUUCACAUAUUUGAGGAAAUUCUUGCAUGAUAUCUGCAACUGUGAUUCGAUUGACUGAGGGUGAACUAAUACUAAUUCUACGAUGUGAUUUCUUGUUACUAUCAAGAUCAUUCAGAUUAAUUCUUAGUUGUCUAAUCCAUAUCCGCCCUAAUAUAGGUGAGAGAUGAGAUGGCACAAUAUUAAGUGGAAGAUGGCAGUGAUAUCGUUAAACGUAACUGAGACUUUAGCGCAACACAACGGAACAAUGAGGCCACCAUCAUAGGAUUUGAAAUUCUGUGGUGCGCGCUCAAGUUUUACAUUCAAAUUCAAUUGAAGAAAGUAAUUUUCUGGUAGGAGCGUAAACCCACAACCGGAAUCGACUUCAAAACAGGACUUUUCCCCCUCUAUGAGUACUUCUGUGCAGUAGCGCUCUGAAUUCAUAAGGCUAUCCGUAAGAUUAACUGAGGCACUUAAGGCAUCCACUUCUGACAAAAAGUUACAAUCUGAUUCUGAGUUGAAGUCUGUUACAUCUGAAGGCAAUUCUUCAUUGAAUAUGUGGUUGACUUUUGAGUUUUUCAAUUGACGCACAAGAGUUGAGAUACAUACUGUACUUACAUGCCCGCGCUUGUUGCAAGAUGAACACUUUAGUUUGGACCAAAUUGUCCUGCAGGAGUCAGUAGAAUGAUUAUUUUUCCCACACUUGAUACACCUGUCAGCGAUUUCCAACUCAUGGAAGUCUACCCUGGAUCGACGCUUUGUAUGAACAUUGUCAUUCCGGCGAUAAGAGUUCCUGCUGUAUGCAGAUGAUGACCUGCGCUUAGAAGAACUGUGAUUCCUAGAUUUUUUUGGCGAAGAUGUGCGAUCACGGUACCUGGAUCUGGAAUAUGAAACCUUAUUAAUGUCCUUAUCAGCUGUGUCUGAUGUGAACCCAUUUUUAAUUUCAAGGUUAUCACGAUAAGACGCUUCAAGAGAAAGUGCCUUAUUGACGGAUUUUUGAAAUGUGAGGUUAUUUUCUAAUAACAGUUUCUCUCUAAUUGACUGAAUUCGUAUUCCCCGGAUGAAUUGCGCUCGAAGGAAAGUGUCUGAGAUUGACAGCCCACAAAAUCAUUUGAAGUUGCAGUUUGGCAGAAAUUUCCUGAGGGAGGCGACAUAGUCACUAAUUGACUCUGACUCAUUCUGCAUACGAGAAAGGAAACGAUGCUGCUCUAGAAGAUAAUUAGGAGGAGGGCAUAAAUGCUUUUCGAGUUUCUCAACUAUUUGGUCAUAGGUUAAGUCAUCCAGGCUACUAGGUGCAGAGAUAUCUUUAAGGAUUUGAUAUGUUUCACUACCUAUGCAAUUUAGGAAAAUUUUCUUUCUUACCGUUUUAUUGGUGAUACCUCGAUCUGAAGCAUAGUUUUCGAAACGCUCUCGAUACUGCGAGAAUUUUUCGUUAUUCCGUGCGUACAGCUCGAAGUUCAGGAUGAGAGGUUGUGCCGGCGCCGUGUGCGAGGAUGAAGUCUGGGUUUUCAAGGAUUCUUUGACGACGUCCAGGAACUUUUGAAACUGGUCAGCGUCCAUGCUUACGAAGAUUCUGAAAAGAUUGUUUAAAUCCUCGUCGCCACUGAUAAGGCGGCCAAAAGGCCGUAGGAAAAGGAGGAACAAAGAACCCGGCUGCUUGCUGUUCACUAACGAAUAUAUAUAUUAUAUAAUCACAAAGAUGCCCAUCAGGGCUUCACGCCUGACAAGGGCUAGAGUCCCCUGCCUCUACAGUGCUGCCAAGUACGCUAUAACAAUGCUCUACUUCAUCUUUAUGAGCCAUCAUUGGUAAAUAUAUUUACUCCUCAACACAAUUCUUGGAAUAAGAAGCAAAGCCUCGAAGUCAAUGUCUCAGACAUGUUCGAGAAAAUGAAAUAAAAAGGGGGAACUGAAAUGUAUCUUUCACUGAUUGAUCAAAAUGUCCCAUCAACAAUUUAAUUGGAAUUUUCUAAACCAUUAAAAGCAGUAUUUUCCUGAGGCUGAUUAGUAGGUAUCUCAAGUAAUUUUCUUUUGGCUAUUCAUCUACGUAAAAAAAAUGUAUCUCAAUAAAAACUACUAAGGUAUCUAAAAAAAAACUAAUUGCAAUAUUUGAGAUUAUUGGACUUCGUCAACACAUUCCCCUGCCCUUCAGAAAAAGUACAACUUAUCAUACUGACUUUUAUCCUGAGGCUUUCUCUUCGGAGAGAAACGUAGGUGCUUUUUAGCCGAUAAGGUUGGAGAGAACACUGCUUUAGCUCUCCUGGCCUGUUUCGUGGGUGAUGGGCUUAUCUCACUCAGAUGGGAAUCUUUUCCAUCUCUUGCAUUUUUUUCCAUUAACUCGGCAUUUUCAUAUCCUUCUGUAAACACAUAAAAUGAUAAAGGAGAAUACGGAGGAGAAAAAAACAAAUUUAGUGAUAGGAAGACAAACGGUAAAACUAAAUUUUGUCCUUCUUUUACAUACACUUGAGGACCUAUUUAGAGUCUGACACCAAACGUAACAUCAUCAUUAAUAUGCUCCUUUCCUAAGCUACUAACACUUAAGAGUAUAUUCACUGCAAUCAUCAUUUGGUUUGGAAGUCAUAAAAUGGUGUGAACCCAGCACCAUUU